AUGUUCUCAAGCUUUGGAUCCAGUUUCUUUGGAGGCCCACCACCCGGAGCCGCCAGCAAUACCUUUGAAGAUAUCUUCCGGGUAUAUCCUAUAUCUAUGAUGCCAGAUCAUUCCAGGAAAGACGAUGCUAACUAUGGAGGCAAGAUCUUCUUACCUCCACUGGCAUUAAGUAAGUUGACUAUGCUUCAUAUAAGGUACCCCAUGUUGUUUUCCUUGAGCAACACUUCCCAAGGGAUCACCACCCAUAGUGGUGUAUUGGAGUUUGUUGCUGAAGAAGGAAGAGCAUACAUUCCUCAAUGGAUGAUGCAAACCCUAAAAGUAUCACCAGGUCAAUUGUUAAAGAUUUCCAAUUGUGAUUUACCUCUUGGGUCUUUUGUUAAGAUUGAACCACAAUCUGUUGAUUUCCUUGAGAUUAGUGACCCCAAGGCGGUCCUUGAAAACGUCUUGAGAAAGUUUUCUACUCUUUCAGUUGAUGAUAUCAUUGAAAUAAAUUAUAAUGAUUCUAUUUUCGGGAUUAAGGUAUUGGAAGUGAAACCUGAAAGUGAUCUGAAGGGAAUUUGUGUUGUGGAAACGGAUUUAACUACUGAUUUUGCUCCUCCAGUUGGUUAUGUUGAACCUGAGUAUACUCCUCAAAAGAAGGCUCCUGACUCUAACCAACCAAUUGAUCCUUCAAAGUUCAAUAAAGGUAGCAAUGCAGGUACAAUGGCCAAGUCCAUACAAUUUGCGAAACUUGUUAGUGAUGGUACAUCAUCAAGUAAUAUGUAUGGUGGAAGUGGUCAGAAACUUUCAGGGAAAUCUGUUUCUCCAACUCCAAAUAAUGUCACUGCUGAAGCAGUUGGAGAUUUAGACCCCAAUGCUCCUCCUGUCCCAUUAAACUUACCGGAGAAUCAACUUUUCUUUGGAUUCCCAGUGACUUUGCCUACACCAGAAUUAACAGAUUCUGAAACUGCUGAACAGACAAACACAUCAACGUUUAAUGGUUCUGGCCAAUCUUUGAGACAAAGCAAAAAGAGAAAGGAUAAAAAUAACAAUCAUCCUUCAUUAAAAAAUCAUACAAGAUCACCAGAAUUUAUUGAAAUUGAUUAA